AUGGCCCAAAGACUUCAGCCACCGAGUGCAUUGACUUUGCAUGGGAAUUUAAAAGAAAAUUGGAGACGUUUUCAACAGCAGUUUCAAAUUUAUUUGUCUGCGUCAGAAAUAGGUAAAAAAGGCGAAGAAAUCCAGGCCAACACCUUUUUGCACAUCAUAGGACCUGAUGCGCUUGAAAUAUAUAAUACAUUCACCUGGGCAGAGGCAGGGGAUGAGAAAAAACUUGCCAAAAUUAUUGAGAAAUUUACCGUAUACUGCAAUCCGAAGAAAAAUGUGGCGUAUGAACGACACAUCUUUAACAGACGGAGUCAAAAUCCCGGUGAGAAAAUAGAUGCAUAUGUGACGGAAUUACGCAUUCUAGCCAAAUCGUGUGAAUUUGGAGAUUUACAUGAUUCCUUAAUUCGCGACAGAAUUGUCUGUGGAAUCGCCAGUGACUCGGUAAGGAGGAGACUACUGAGGGAAUGCGACCUCACAUUGGAUAAAACAAUGGAUAUCUGCAGGGCGGCGGAAACAUCUGACAACCAAAUGAAAACAUUUGUGGAAUCAAAAUCCACGGAACAAAAAAUCGAUGCAGUUCAGAAAAGAGGUGGGAAGAAAUUUGGAGCAACAAAUAAAACCGAAAUAAAACAUAUCCAGAAUUGUAAAAAAUGUGGAAAAUCACAUGCUUUGAAAAAAUGCCCAGCUUACGGACAAACAUGUCACGAAUGCGGAAAACCGAAUCACUACGCAAAAAUGUGCCGAUCUAAGAAGACAAAAAGCAAGAAAAUUCAUGGAGUUGACCCAGAAUCAGAUUCCGACAGUGAAUUCGGAAUAGAAACUGUAGAAGAUACACAUGACACCCGAAGAAAGUGGACUACGACACUGAAAGUAGAAAAUACAAAUGUAAAGUUCAAAAUAGACACAGGUGCUCAGUGUAACAUUAUUCCAAAGAACAUGUGCGAUAAAUUGGGAAUAACGAAAUUACAGCAGUCUAAAGCAAGACUUAUAUCAUAUACGGGCCACAAGUUAAAGAUAGAUGGCAAAAUUCGGUGCACAGUACAGCACAAGAAUAAAUAUUAUGCGCUGCAGUUUUACGUUGUACCUGGAAAGGUGGAUCCCAUUAUAGGAUUAGCGUCAUGUGAGGAAAUGAACAUCCUGAAACUUAUUGAAACAGUAAGUGAAUCUAAGACCGCAGAAGAAAUUUUUCGAGAUUUCUCAGAUGUGUUUGAGGGCAUAGGAUGCAUGAAAGGCAAACAUCAUAUUCAUAUCGACAAAAUUGUUCCACCAGUUGUUCAUGCACCGAGAAAAGUAUCCUUCAAAAUGCGCGACAAAUUAAAAGAAGAACUGGACAGAAUGGAAUCAUUAAACGUCAUAGAAAAAGUCAACGAGCCCUCUGAAUGGGUAAACUCAUUGGUUAUAGUAGAGAAACCAAACAGAGUGAGGAUUUGUCUGGAUCCCCGUGAUCUUAACAAAGCUAUUAAACGAGAACACUAUCCUAUGAAAACCGUAGAUGACAUCACACAUCAGCUUGCAGGGGCCAAAGUAUUCAGUACUUUGGACGCCUCCUCUGGAUUCUGGGGUAUAGUACUUGACCAGGAAAGUUCAAAGCUAACAACAUUUAAUACUCCGUUUGGGAGGUAUCGCUACAAACGAAUGCCAUUUGGAAUUUCAUCUGCGCCAGAAGUAUUCCAGAAAAGGAUGUCUCAAAUCUUUGAAAAAAUUGAAGGAUGUGAUGUCAUAAUGGAUGACAUUCUUAUAUGGGGUAAAUCUGUACAACAGCAUAAUGAAAGACUCGAGAGAGUUCUAAAGGCAGUGCGUCAUGAGAAAAUAAAAUUGAACAAGAAGAAGUGUAAAAUACAGAUGAAUGAAGUUAAAUAUAUGGGUCACAUUUUCGGAGAAGAUGGACUAAAAACUUGUAAUGACAGAAUCAAAGCCAUUAGUGAAUUCCCAGAGCCUACAAAUGUAAAAGAAUUGCAGAGAUUUUUGGGAAUGGUAAAUUACAUAGGAAAAUUUAUUCAAAACCAAGCCACGAUCACAGAGCCUUUGAGGGAGUUACUUGAAAAAACCGUUGCAUGGCACUGGCAUGAAAAACAACAACAAAGUUUUGAUCAGCUGAAGUCCGUGCUCAUCAGUGCUCCAGUACUAAAGUACUUUAAUCCGGACGAAGACAUCACACUCUCUGUAGACGCGUCAUCAACAGGACUAGGAGCCUGCAUUUUACAAAAUGGACAGCCAGUUGCCUAUGCUUCUAGAUCAUUAAACAAAUCGGAACGAAAUUACGCACAGAUAGAAAAGGAACUGCUAGCAAUUGUGUUCGCUUGCAAGAAAUUUCACCAAUACAUCUAUGGACAAAACAUCCAUGUAGAAUCUGACCACAAACCCCUUGAGAGUUUGUUCAAGAAAACAUUGUCAUCGGCGCCACCGCGCAUUCAACGUAUGAUGAUUAAAGUACAGCCGUACGACCUGAAUGUCAAAUACAAACCAGGGAAAUAUCUGUACAUAGCGGAUACCUUAAGCCGUGCGACUGAGUCAGAAUCAAGUCAAAGUGACAAGGAUGAAUUUGAAGUGUUUGCUGUUCGUUACUUGCCGAUAUCGGACGAAAAGGUAAACGAAUUGGCGAUAGAGUCUGCAAAAGAUAAAGAAAUAAAUGCCUUACAAAAAAUAAUUCUUGAAGGCUGGCCAGAUGAUAUUACAGAGUGCAACUAUUUCGUUAAGAAAUACUGGAAUUUUAGAGAGGAACUCAGUCUUUACAACGGGAUUGUCACAAAGGGUCGUAGACUAAUUAUACCCUCGAAACUCAGAAGCGACAUCCUGAAUCAAUUGCAUUAUGGACAUAUGGGAGCCGAAAAAUGCAAACGUCGAGCCAGAGAAGUUGUGUUUUGGGUAGGAAUUAAUUCGGACAUAGAUAAGAAAGUUGCAGAGUGCAGAGUGUGCAAUAAAUACCAAAGGAGACAACCCAAACAACCUCUAAAACCUCAUCCAGUACCACUUAGGCCAUGGCAGAAACUUGGACUCGACUUGUUUGAGCUAAACAGAAAAUCGUUUCUUACUGUUGUGGACUACUUUUCAAAAUUCUUUGAAAUAUGUGAACUGCAGAGCACAACCAGCUCCAGUAUCAUCAAAAAAUUAAAACCAAUAUUUGCUCGCCACGGGAUACCCGAGGAACUGAUCAGCGACAAUGCACCGAAUCUCGUCAGUGACGAAUUCAGGAAAUUUGCUACUGAAUAUGGAUUCAAGCACACAACAUCGUCCCCACAUUACCCACAGAGUAAUGGCAUGGCGGAGCGUACAGUCCAAACUGUAAAAAACCUCCUGAAAAAAUCAAAUGAAGCUCAAACGGAUCCAAACCUCGCAUUAUUAGAAAUACGUAACACACCGAUCGACGGGGUAGGAACUCCUACUCAACUUCUGUUCGGACGCAGGACGAGAUCCAUAUUACCGACGCACGAGGCAUUACUGAAACCACAUAUCAAGACCCGUAAAAUUCGGACUGCUCUUGUCAACAAGCAGAAUCAACAAAAAAUUUAUUAUGACCGUAAUGCACGCGAACUACCCAAUCUGAAAGUGGGAGACAACGUUAACAUUCAAUCAGAAAAUAAACCAUGGAAGGAAGGAGUAAUUGUACAGAAAUGUCCGGAACCACGAUCAUAUGUCGUAGAAUCCGAAGGAGUUGAAUACCGUAGAAAUCAAAGACAUCUGAUGAAAAACAGCGAAACUGACAAAUCUGGGGAAGGAAAUAACACCGAGAUCGAAAGCGAUAACGCUGCAGUGAAUGACAAUGCGCAGAACGAUAUCGAGCACGUGCAGAAAACGCGCAGUGGCAGAACAAUAAAGGUGCCUGAAAAAUUCUCAGACUUUGUAAUGUAA